GCAGUCACCGCCGCGCAGAGACGCGCACGAGCACGAGCAGGAGAGGACGAGGACGGUAUCACUCUCACUGCGCUUUCUUUCGCUGACCCGCUGCUUCAACUUCUGCAGAGAUGAGUUUGUCCGGAUCCCAGACCCGGCUCCAACAGAUGAGCCGCAGGUCCACCUCCAGGCCCGACCUCACCGCCAUGGGCUACAGUUUACCGCGGGGCGACGGAGUCUUCAUGAGUGGAAACGGAUACCAGUCCGAGUUCAACGACGGCGGAUACGCGCAGCAGACCUUCACACACUCCUUCUCCAAGAGCUCCCAGGGAGGAGGAGGAGGAGGAGGAGGAGGAGGAGGAGGAGGAGGGGGGACACUGGGCUUGUCCGCGAUGGCUGUCCAGAAGAGAGCGCAGAUCCUCUACCAGGAUUGCUACGGCUUCCUGAAGCGAGCGCAGAACCUCCUGGAGAACAUGGGGCCGGCCGCUGAGGUGGACAAGAACAUGAUGGCAGCACUGGAGACCAUGGAGCAGAUGAAGAUGUGUGCGGUGGAGUUACAGAGCGCCCGAGUGCCCGCCGACAACAUCCUGCGCAGUCUGGAGGAGUGUAUGUUGAUCCACACGGACAUCCGUAACUCCAUCACGGGCACGACUCUGCGCAGGACCAGCGCGGCGAGCGGCGGAUGGGACGACCCCAGCAAGAGCUUGCAGGACGCUUUAGCCUGGAUCAACCAGAAGAAGAGACUCAUUGAGACGUCACCCUUCGGUGAAGAUAGUGAGACCAUCAACCAACAAAUCCUGAAUCACAACAAGUUCCACAGCUCGAUCCAGAGGAGCGUGGAGGUGGAGCGGGCCCGGGAUGAGCUGGUGCAGAGCCGAGAGAAGGGUGGACUCCACGCGCUGGACCAGGAGUGGGACAAUCUACAGAAAAUGUCUCACCAGCGCGUGUCUCAGCUGCGGGACCUGCAGGGCAUCAUCGAGGAGAUCUCCACGGCCAUCAUGUGGGUCAACGACCGGGAGGAGGAGGAGCUGGUGUUCGACUGGGGCGACAAGAACAUCGACACCUACAUCCCUCGCAAACAGGAGAGCUACUCGAAACUGAUGAGUGAUCUGGAAGAGAAAGAGAAAGACCUGAAUAAGCUGAAGACGAAGGUGGACAACCUCCUGAAGAACCAGCACCCAGCGUCAGAUAAGAUCCAGGCUUACAUGGACACGCUGCAAACCCAGUGGAGCUGGCUACUGCAGAUCACCAAGUGCAUCGACGUGCACCUGAAGGAGAACGCCGCCUACAGCCAGUUCUUCAAGGAGGCGAACGAGACGUACGCCAGACUGCAGAAAGACCACGAGGUGAUCCGUAAGAAGUUCUCCUGUGACAAGAGCACACCUCUGGAGAACCUCACAGAAAUGCUCAAGACGCUGGAGAAAGAGAAGGAGAGGAUGAUAGAGAGCAAGAGGCAGGUGCAGACGCUGGUCAGCAAGUCCAAGAGCAUCGUGUGUCUGAAGCCGCGUUACCCCGAGGAGAAGAGCAGCGCUCAGGUCAUGGUCAAAGCUCUGUGUGACUUCAAACAGGACCAGAAGGGGAUUCUGAAGAACGACGAAGGCAUCCUGAAGGACAACACGCAGCGCAGCAAGUGGCAUGUCACCGGACCAGGAGGACUGGAGAUGCUGAUACCAUCCGUGUGUCUGAUCAUCCCACCGCCGAACCCUCUGAGCAUCAGUCUGGCACAAAAGAACGAGCAGUACUAUGAAGCCAUCAUGUCCAUCUGGAGUCAGCUGUUCAUCAACAUCAAGAGUCUGAUAUCCUGGCAGUACUGCAUGAAGGACUUUCAGCACAUCAACUCCCUCACGCUCACAAUGCUGUCACAAAUGCGUCCUGAGGAGUAUCGCAACAUCAUUAAGAGCCUGGAGAUUCACUACCAGGAGUUCAUGCGUCACAGUCUCGGCUCUGAGAUGUUUGGCGAUGAAGACAAGAGAAAGAUGGAGCAGCAGUACGCUGGAGCACAAUCCCAUUACGACCAGCUGGUGAUCCAGCUGCCCAACUAUAGGGAUAAAGGGGGGAAAGGUGGUGUGGGGAAUGUGCAGACAGAUGGGAAGAUCGUGGUGACAACUGGAACAACGGUGACAACUGAAAACACGAUGACAGCUGGGAAACCGGGGACAACUGGGAAACCGGGGACAACUGGGAAACCGGUGGUGACGACUGGGAAGACGGUCACCUCGGGGCUGAACGUCAGUCUCAUGUCAGACCUGAGCGCUCUCAGACGCAGACUAGAGGGAGCGGAGGCCGGCUUGAUUCAGCAUCUCCACGUGCCUCUGAAGGAGAACGGUGUACAGCAGUGCUCACAGAGACUUGUGCUGCUGCAGGGUGUACAUCAUGAUCUGGACACCAUCCAGGACGAGUACCUGCAUCUGAGGGAGAGGAUUUUAAGAGAGCUGGAGGGAAGCACUAACCAAGAGCAGACGCGGUACCUGCGCUCUGAACUGGACCUCAUCAACCAGAAGCUGGGCAGUCUGCAAGGAUUUUCAGCAGCAUAUAUCCAGAGGCUCACUGCUCUUCAAGCCCUGAUCCAGAGCCUCCUGCAGGCUGAGGACAUCAUUAAAGUCCACGAAGCUCGUCUUACAGAAAAAGAGACUUCUUCUCUUGAUCUGAAUGAAGUGGACAGAUACCGCAUGACUCUGAAGAGCAUGAAAGCAGAUCUGGAGAAGAAGAAGGGUGUUUUGAAGACUAUGGAGUCGGAGCUGUCCAAGGCUGUUCACUGGAACGGUCAAAUCGACAAAUCGUUCCAUCAGUGUGACGUGGACCUGUCCAGAUACUCAGAGCAAGUGGGAACGAUGACUGACCGCUGGCGCAGGAUUGUGGCUCAGAUUGACAGCAGGGUCUGGGACCUGGAUAAACAGGAGAAACAGCUGAAUCACUACAAGCAAUCAAGCUCCAUAAUCAACAAAUGGAUUCAGGAAACAAGUCAGCGGCAAGAUGCCUUCCAGAUUACUAAAUUCAGCAGCUUGGAAAAUUUAAUUAAACACCUGGAACAGCAAAAAGCGCUGUAUUCUGAGAUAAAAGGAAAGAAAGAAAAAGUGGAUGAUGUGGUCAAAGACUCAGACAUAUGUGCUGCCUCCAUAAAGGACUAUGAGCUCCAGCUGGCGUCCUACAGCGCAGGAUUGGAGACGCUGCUCAACAUUCCCAUCAAGAAGACUAUGCUUCAGUCUCCAACCACUGAACUCAGGCAGGAGGCCACGGAGCUGCAGUCACACUACAUAGAGCUCUUGACACGUUCAAGUGACUACUGCAAAUACCUUGGGGAAAUGCAGAAUAACAUGGAGGACUUAAUGAGAUGUAAGACUGAAAUUGGGAUUAUGGAGGAGAAUCUGAGACGUCACAAGGAGAACCUUGACGAUCAAACCCGGAAGAACAAGUCACUGGAGGAUAGUAUGACUCACUAUCGGCUGGAGCUGACCCAGUCCAAAGAGAAGCUUAUAUCUCUGGAGGAGGGGAAGAGAACCCAGGCUAGGCAGUGCAGUGCUACUCAGGAAAGCCUGGACAGCACCCAGAAUCAGCUGAAGGGCUUACAAGACGAGAUGUCCCGCCUCACGUUUCUCAUUGAGGAGGAGAAGCGCAAGCGGAGGCUGGCUGAGGAGCGCUACACCACCCAGCAGGACGAGUACGAGCUUGCUAUCCGCAAGAGACAGAAGGAACUGGACGAGCUCAGCAUGUCCAAAAGCCAGUUUGAAAGGGCCAUCAAAGACAAAGAGCGGGAGAUUGAGCGGCUAAGAUUACAGCUGGAUGAUGAGGCCUCCCGGCGGAGUGCAGCAGAAGCUGAGACCUCAAAGGUAAGAUCGCAGUUGAGCCAGGACAUUAAUAGCCUAAAGCAAACUUUUGAAUCUGAGAUCCACAUCACCAAGACCAGUGUGCUCAAGACAACACAGCAGAAGGAUGAGGAAUCUGCAACUCUGAGGCUUCAGAUGGAGAGGUUAGCCUCUGAGAAAAGAGACCUGGAAGAUGAACUUAGAAAGGUGAAGCUUUCUUUCUCCCACGUAGAAGCGGCACGGAGGAAAGCAGAAGAGGACGCACUUCAGCAGAGGUCUUCGGUGAGCGAGGAAAGCAGGAGCAAGAGGGAACUGGAGACAAAGAUCCAGCUCGUAACGCAUCAAAGGGAAGAGAUUGAAACAAGACACCGGGUGGAACUGGCGGACGCCAACAGAGUUGCUCAGGAAAGGGCCCGUGAGAUUACCUUGCUGACCCAGAAUCUACAAGACGAGACCCGACGGAGGAAAGCCAUGGAGGUCGAGAAUCAUAGCAUCAGACAGUCUCAGGCUGAGAUACUCGCUAAACAAACUUCAACCACUGAGGUCAUUAACAAGUUAAAGAUCUCUGAGCAAGAGUUCCUGGUGGUAAAGAGAGAGAUGGAGAUGCAAAAAAAUGAAAAGAGCAAGUUGGAACAGAAUGCCACCAGACUGCAGAGUCGCAUCGGUGAACUGCAGUCCAAGGUGAACGAGUUGCAGGCUGAACUGGAGAAGGAGAAGAGGAAUAAUCAGGAUGACCUCACGAAGAGGAAAAGGGUGGAAACGGAGCUAGAGAGGGUGAACCAGAUGUGCCGGGAAUACACCACUACCAUCACCACUCUACAGGUCCAUAAGGAGCAGGAAAGUGCUUCUGGACGCAAGUAUGAGCUGGAGCUUCGCAGCUCUAAAGAGGAGUUGGAGAGGAUCCGGAAGGAGUACAAAAUCAACUUAGAGAGUCUGACCAAAGUGAAUGCAGAAUUGAAACCUUUGCAACAGCAGCUUCUACGGGAACAAGCCCUUGUCCGUGAGGCCAAUCAACGAAACGAUUCCCUCUACAAGACCAUAGAGGAGAAGAGUCGAGCGCUAAAUGAGAGCACCAACGAGAUUGAGAAGUUGCAGAGCCUCACUCAGAAUCUUACCAAGGAGCGUCUGCGGCUUGAGGAGGAGCUGAGGAGUGCGCGACUGGAGCGAGACGAUGUGAAGAGAAGCUUGAGCACCAUCGACAUUGAAAGUGCUUCCCGAUUGUCUGCCAUUCAGUUCCAGCUGCAAACCAGCAAUAACAGAGCGCUGGAACUGCAGGAACUAAUCAAUGAACUGACUAAAGAGAGGGAAAGUUUAAGGGUGGAAAUUGCCCGAAUCCAAAAGCAAUUCACGGAGACUUCCAUGGUCAUCCAGCGAUCUGAUGCCAACUACAAAGAGAUUGUGCAAGAGAGAGAUAGUCUUUUAAUCAAACUGAAGCUUUCGCAACAGGACAAAGACAAGCAGCAGCGAUAUGAGGAGGAGCUCAGGCGCAUCAAACUCUCCUUGGAAUCUGAGACGAAGCAGAAGCAGCGUCUCCAGGAGGAAAUUGAUCGACUUACCAAGGAUUUCAAGUACUGGAAAAGCCAAUACGAGUUAAAAGAGGGGCAGAUCAGACAGAGUGAGGUAGAUAAAGACAAAGUUGAGAGAGACAGGGCCUCCUUUCUGAGCGAGAUCCAAAGAUUGACCGCUGAGCUGAGGAGUGUGGAAGACCGCUACAAGAAUCGUCUUCAGACCUCGGACAAGGAAAUCUUGGAGCUCUCCCGAAGGAAGGAGACUUUGGAAAUUGAACUGAGGAGGUUGCAACAGCGUCCGGUCGCAACCUGUACCUGUAAGAAUACGCAGACGGUUGAGGUUUCCAAGCCUGCCUGUGAGGGUAGCGUCCAGAAAUUCACAGUGAAAGGUCUGCGUGGAGAGGUCUCGCUCACGGAGCUAGUGGAUUCCGACUUGCUUGAUCAAACAGAUUUGGAUAAAAUAAACCAAGGAAAACUAACAGGCGAAGAUAUCGAGUACAGACUCAGAUCGUACCUGGGUGGCUCUGCGUGCAUCGCUGGUAUCUUCGAUGAGGCCAAGAAUAGGGUCAUUCCCUUUUACCAGGCUAUGAAAGAAGGUCUGAUUCGACGGGGAACCACACUGGAGCUCCUGGAGGCCCAGGCUGCCUCUGGUUUCAUAAUCGAUCCGGUCAACAAUGUGUGCAUGACGGUGGAAGAGGCGUGGAGGAGAGCUCUUGUGGGAAAGGAGUUUAAAGACAAGCUACUCUCUGCUGAGAAGGCCGUGACCGGAUACAAAGAUCCUGCCACAGGAAACAUAAUCUCACUGUUUCAAGCUAUUGAGAAGGAGGUCAUAGAGAAAGGUCACGGAAUUAGACUGCUGGAAGCUCAGAUUGCCAGUGGCGGCAUCAUAGAUCCCAAAGGGAGCCAUCGAAUUGAUGUGGAAGUGGCGUACAGGAAAGGCUACUUUGGCCGUGAAAUGAAUGAGAUUUUGUCGUAUGAUGGCGACGACACCAAAGGUUUCUUUGACCCCAACACCCAUGAAAACCUCACGUAUCUGGAUUUGAAAAAGCGGUGCAUCACAGAUCCUAAGACGGGGCUCAUCCUUUUGCCUUUGAAGGACAAGCAGAAGCCGAAGCAGGUGACCUCUCAAAAGAACACACUUCGCAAGAGGAGAGUGGUGAUCGUAGACCCCGACACCGGCAAAGAGAUGACCGUCCGAGAAGCGUUCCACCGAGAGUUGAUCGACUACGACACUUUUCUGGAGCUGUCCGAACAAGAGUGCGAGUGGGAGGAGAUCACCAUCGAAACUUCUGACGGAAGCAGACGUUUGCUUGUUGAUCGCAAAACUGGAAACCAGUAUGACAUUCAAGAGUCCCUAGAGAGGGGGAUUAUAGAUAGACAAACCUUGGAGAAGUACCGUGCCGGGACUGUGACACUCACUGAGUUUGCAGCGCUGAUCACAAGUAAAAGCAAUAGUUCGGAGCUCGCCAUCUGCUCCAGCAGUCCUGAAGAUAUUGCUACUUGCAGUAGUCCCACGCCAUCAUCUCCAACCGUCCGCAAACGCUUUGCCAGUGUAUCCAUUACACUCUCCCCUCCAUCUGAUAUAUUUGAUGACCACAGUCCCGUGGGGGCCAUUUUUGACUCCGAGACACUAGAGAAGAUAACCAUCUCCGAGGCACAGCGGCGGGGAAUACUGGACAACCUCACCGCUCAGCGCCUCCUGGAAGCCCAGGUUUGCACUGGAGGAAUUAUCAAUCCUUCCACUGGCCAGAGACUCUCUCUGAAUGAUGCUGUAAAACAAAGCAUUAUUGAUGAAGACAUGGCUGUCAAGCUAAAGCCAGCACAGAAGGCGUAUGCAGGGUUUGAGGAUGUGAAGACCAAGAGGAGACUUUCUGCCGCUGAGGCCAUGAAGGAGAAGUGGUUGCCUUACGAGGCAGGGCAGAGGUUUCUGGAGUUCCAGUACCUGACCGGUGGACUUAUAGAGCCAGUAAACGGCCACCGCUUGAGCAUCGAGGAGUCUAUCCGAAGAGCAUGGCUUGACGGCAGAGGGGCACAGAAGCUGCAGGACACGAGGAACUACAUUAAGAACCUCACCUGUCCUAAAACCAAACUUAAGAUCUCAUACAAAGAGGCCAUGGAUAACUGCAUGGUGGAGGAGACCAAUGGCAUGAAGAUGCUCCAGGCUACCUCCAUGUCAACUAAAGGCAUAAGCAGCCCGUACAACGUGUCGUCAGGACCGGGCUCUCGCACCGGAUCUCGCACCGGCUCGAGAAGUGGAUCACGUAGAGGCAGUGUUGACUACACCUCCUCUGUUUCUUACAGCUACACCUCAUCUUAGCUAUACGGCUAGUCGUGAUGCCUAUGCUUAGAGUGUACAAUUUAAAUUUAAGUAGGAUUUUAUAAUCAGGAGGAUUUCAGUAUGGGUUUGGGAUACAGAAUGUAGAUU